AUGAGGGGGUACGACAGAGAUGUGAGUUCCGCACUUGCUGUUGUUCACAGUCCCCCUCUUUGGGGAACGCCGGAUUCUCGGUCUUUUCGUGAGUACGAGGAUUAUGAUGACUACGAGGAGGAUGGAGGAGAACAGGGCGAGGAAUAUGAAGAGGAGGAGGAGGAGGAGGAAGAGCCAAGACCCUCCAAGGAGGAGGUGGACUACCUCGAAUUUAGGCAAAAAUUGAAAGAAGGGAUUAGGAAGGAGAAGAUGAAGGAGGAAGGAGUUUCUGCUUCCCAGGACAGAAAGAAGCUUCCGAAUGACAAUUAUGGUUCCUUCUUUGGCCCUUCUAAGCCAGUCAUUGCGCAGAGAGUGAUUCUAGAAAGCAAGUCACUUUUGGAGAAUCAACAUUUGGCUACCCGAGUUCUACAGUCACAGUACAAGAACCAGAAGAGUUCUUCCUCAACAUCUACGGGAUCAAGGCCUGUAGUUCGUGACAAGAUACCUAGAGUAAUCAAUCCGGUUAAACAGAAGGUUCAAAAGCUGAAGGAUACAAGAGACUAUUCAUUUUUAUUAUCUGAUGAUGCUGAUCUUCCUUCUCCUCCAAAGCAACCCCCUUCACGAAGUACCUCUGCUCCUACCUCUGAGGCACGUCCAGCUAAAAUGCCAUUGCCAAGCAAACAGGCAUCUGGCAGCAAUGGUAGAAUCCCUCAAAAUGUUAGAGAUGAUAGGAGACCAUCUUCCGUAAAUGGUCAGAGACCAUCUUCCGUAAAUGGUCAGAGACAAUCUUCCGUAAAUGGUCAGAGACAAUCUUCGGUAAAUGGUCAGAGACAAUCUUCCGUAAAUGAUCAGAGACCAUCUUCCGUAAAUGGUCAGAGACCAUCUUCCGUAAAUGAUCAGAGACAAUCUUCCGUAAAUGGUCAGAGACAAUCUUCCGUAAAUGAUCAGAGACCAUCUUCCGUAAAUGGUCAGAGACAAUCUUCUGUAAAUGGUCAGAGACAAUCUUCAGUAAAUGGUCAGAGACAAUCUUCUGUAAAUGGUCAGAGACCAUCUUCCGUAAAUGGUCAGAGACCAUCUUCCGUAAAUGGUCAGAGACCAUCUUCCGUAAAUGGUCAGAGACUAUAUUCGUUAAAUGGUCAGACAAGCUCUAGAGCAGGCCCAACUAAGGUCUCAUCCACUACCAAAUCUAAUUCGAUGUUGGCAGCAGACAAAAGGCAGUUAAAUAGUAACAAUGGAAAUGGUCCUGGGCGGCCUGCAAUGUCAAAUGGGUCGCAACAAAAGAAACCUCUUGCCAUCACAGGGAAGACUUCACAAGUUGCUAAGAUUUCCGCUCCUGUGAUGUCCAAACCACCAGUUGCAAAAGCACCGACACCUGCUUUGAAGCACAAUGCGCAACAGAGAAAGGAUGUAGGGAAUCCCAACAAAUACAAAAUUGCACCUAAACAGACAGUUGCUUCAAUAAAGCCUCAGAUGAACAAGCCUCCAAAACAAAUUUCAUCCGCUGUUAAACCUCAAGAUCAUAAGCCCAAGAAGAAGCCUAUAAGACCAUUCCCUGAUGAUGAAGAUGAUGAUGAAAUGGCUAUUAAUAUGAUCAGGCAGAUGUUCAGGUAUAAUCCUCAAAAAUAUGCUGGUCGGGAUGAUGACGACAGUGACAUGGAAGCAAAUUUUGAUGAAAUUAUGAAGGAGGAGAAGAGAAGUGCUAAAAUCGCAAGGAAGGAAGAUGAGGAGCAACAAAGACUAAUUGAGGAGGAGGAGCGACAAGAACAGAUGAGGAGAAUGGCAAAGAAGCGUAAGCUGAACCGCUGACAUUAGCCCCAAUAUUUCGCCUGUCGUAGUUUGUACAUUAUUCUUUGUCGGAUAUGAUUAUACUGUCAGAUAAUAUUAAUAAUGAUCAUGAUUUUUUCCCUAGGAUUACUGAUUUCUUGUAAAGCCUUGUUCUCAAUCUUUUUGUUCUAGCGAGUCUGAUGGAUUUGUCGUCUACAAGCAUUUGCUAAUCUACUCUGCUAAAUACUCACUGUACCAAUUCAAAUAUUUGUAUUAUGAGACUGGCGAUACCCUGCGA